UGGCGCGAACUUAGCGCGCGCUUCAUGGCUGUCUAUGGUCGGACCUGCGCGUUUCUCGUUUGAAUUUACACGAUCGAAUUUUAAAUUUCGAAAAGUGCUUUAAACGGAGGGAAAAUUUAAUCGUCAUUUUUUUAGUUAAUUCGGACUGACUACCUCGCCGCACCAAAAUGCCUAGAAUAUCAGCAGACAGCACAGUGAGAAGGCGCCUCUUUGCCAUCGACGAUGCAAGUGAAGAGGCCAAAAUCGACAACUUCACCAAUGUCCUGCAGGAGUCCAUACUCAGGGACAGAGUCGAGAAAUCGAAAAAGUGGAACUUCGAUUUCGCAAAUGAGCUGCCCCUUGAAGGCACCUAUGAUUGGUACAAGUGCAGCGAUGCAUCUGAUUGGAUCGGAGUGACUAAGAUAAAAGAAGAAGAUAUAACGGAGCAGGACUCGAUCCUGCUGAUGAAAAUGGAGAAUGAGGUGACGCCGAAAGUGAAGGAUACGAAGAUGCCAUUGAUAAGGAACUCACUGAAAAGGAGGCUGAAUCUCGUGGCCGAUAAGGCGAUUAGGAGAAAAAUCGCUUUCGAUUAGUAGCCGUGCGUGUUACGGCGUUCUCUGUGCCACAUUUAGACUGGAUUUUGAAACAUUGUUUGCGUAUAGACUAGAAAAAAAACACUUAUUCUUUUUUGGUCGCUAGGACCAAGUUUGUUCAUCCAGUCGCAAGUUUCGUGGUAACAAACACAUCUAGAAAAUACAGUCGAUUGGGUAUCCUCCUUCUUCUUUUGAAGUCGGUAGUAAAUAAUAAA